GGGUGGACGCAAACAACCAUGACAGCCUGGGCACUCGCUCUCCCCGGCACCGCCGCCACCGCCGCCACUGCCGCCGCCGCCCGGAGGGCUCCGCUGUGAGCCGAGAGCCGGGGCGCAGCAGCUGGGCGUGAAUCCGAAAGGUGAGAGCGAGAGAGCGAGCGCAGGGGGCGGGCAGGCCACGAAGAUGUCCUCGGCCGUGGGGCCCCGCGGUCCUCGCCCACCCACGGUGCCUCCCCCCAUGCAAGAGCUGCCCGACCUGAGCCACCUGACCGAGGAGGAGAGGAACAUUAUCAUGGCAGUGAUGGACCGGCAGAAGGAAGAGGAGGAAAAAGAAGAAGCCAUGCUCAAGUGUGUUGUCAGGGACAUGGCGAAGCCUGCUGCCUGCAAAACACCAAGAAAUGCUGAAAGCCAGCCCCACCAACCUCCACCGAGAUUGCAUCAACAAUUUGAAAGCUAUAAGGAACAAGUGAGAAAAAUAGGGGAAGAAGCACGGCGUUACCAGGGCGAACACAAAGAGGAUGCUCCCACAUGUGGAAUCUGUCAUAAGACCAAGUUUGCUGAUGGGUGUGGUCACCUGUGCUCCUACUGUCGCACCAAGUUCUGUGCACGCUGCGGAGGCCGUGUAUCUCUACGAUCCAACAACGAGGACAAAGUGGUUAUGUGGGUAUGUAAUUUAUGUCGAAAGCAACAAGAAAUCUUAACUAAAUCUGGUGCAUGGUUCUUUGGAAGUGGCCCUCAGCACCCAAGUCAAGAUGGAACCCUGAGUGAUACAGCUACAGGUGCUGGCUUUGAGGUACCAAGAGAAAAGAAACCACGACUCCAGGAGCGAUCAAGGUCUCAGACACCCCUAAGCACAGCAACUGCCUCCUCCCAGGACAUCACUCCUCCCAGUGCACCACCAGACAGGAGUACCGGGGCUGAGCCCGCACAGCAAGCCUUGGGGCCAGAACAGAAGCAGGCUUCAUCCAGGUCUAGAAGUGAACCUCCAAGAGAAAGGAAGAAGGCGCCCGGUCUUUCCGAGCAGAAUGGCAAAGGCGCCCCGAAGGGCGAGCGCAAACGAGUGCCGAAGACCUCAGCGCAGCCCGGGGACGCGGCUGCGGACGAUCGCGAGCGGAAGGAAAGGCGGGAUAGCCGGCGGCUGGAGAAGGGGCGAUCCCAGGACUAUGCCGACGGGCCGGAAAAACGGGAGGCCGGCCAGGCAGCGGAGGACGAGAGGCAGAGGAAAGAGGAGGAAUUCCAGACCAGGUACCGCAGCGACCCGAACCUGGCGCGCUACCCGGUGAAGCCGCCGCCAGAGGAGCAGCAGAUGCGCAUGCACGCCCGCGUGUCCCGCGCCAGGCACGAGCGGCGCCACAGCGACGUGGCGCUCCCGCACACCGAGGCCGGGCCCGCGCCGCCCGACGCCAAGGCCGGCAAGCGCGCGCCGCCCGCCGCCAGGGCCUCGCCGCCGGACUCGCCCCGGGCGCACGCGGCCGAGAGGACUGCGGAGGCCCGGGCGCCGGGAGCCAAGCCGCUUACGAACCAGCCGCCGGCACCCAGGCAUGGGCCGGUGCCCGCAGACGCCCCCGAGCUCAAAGCCCAGGAGCCCCUCAGGAAGCAGAGCCGCCUGGACCCCAGCUCGGCCGUCCUCAUCCGGAAGGCCAAGCGGGAGAAGGUGGAGACCAUGCUGCGGAACGACUCGCUGAGCUCCGACCAGUCCGAGUCGGUGCGGCCGUCCCCGCCCAAGCCGCACCGCGCGCGCAGGGGCGGCAAGAAGCGGCAGAUGUCUGUGAGCAGCUCGGAGGAGGAGGGCGUGUCCACGCCCGAGUACACCAGCUGCGAAGACGUGGAGCUCGAGAGCGAGAGCGUUAGCGAGAAAGGUGACUUGGAUUAUUACUGGUUGGAUCCCGCCACGUGGCACAGUCGGGAAACCUCACCUAUUAGUUCGCAUCCUGUUACAUGGCAACCAUCUAAAGAAGGGGACCGAUUAAUUGGACGUGUUAUUCUUAAUAAAAGAACAACCAUGCCCAAAGAAUCAGGUGCACUACUGGGUCUGAAAGUUGUUGGAGGAAAAAUGACUGACUUAGGACGCCUUGGUGCUUUCAUCACCAAAGUCAAGAAGGGUAGCCUUGCAGAUGUGGUUGGACACCUUAGAGCAGGGGAUGAAGUUCUAGAAUGGAAUGGUAAACCCCUGCCGGGAGCUACAAAUGAAGAAGUUUACAACAUUAUUUUAGAAUCAAAAUCAGAACCUCAAGUUGAAAUUAUUGUUUCAAGGCCUAUUGGUGACAUCCCUCGGAUUCCUGAGAGCUCCCAUCCUCCAUUGGAGUCUAGUUCAAGUUCCUUUGAAUCUCAGAAGAUGGAAAGGCCUUCUAUUUCUGUUAUUUCUCCAACAAGUCCUGGAGCUCUAAAAGAUGCCCCUCAAGUCUUACCAGGGCAACUUUCUGUGAAGCUAUGGUAUGAUAAAGUAGGACACCAGCUGAUUGUAAAUGUUCUGCAAGCAACAGAUCUUCCCCCUAGAGUUGAUGGCCGUCCCAGGAAUCCCUAUGUAAAAAUGUACUUUCUUCCAGAUAGAAGUGAUAAAAGUAAAAGGAGGACCAAAACAGUAAAGAAAAUCCUAGAGCCAAAAUGGAAUCAAACUUUUGUCUAUUCCCAUGUACAUCGUAGAGAUUUUAGGGAGCGAAUGUUAGAAAUAACCGUGUGGGAUCAACCAAGAGUACAAGAAGAAGAAAGUGAAUUUCUCGGAGAGAUCCUCAUAGAGUUGGAGACGGCUCUGCUAGAUGAUGACCCACACUGGUAUAAACUUCAGUCACAUGAUGAGUCCUCACUGCCUCUGCCUCAGCCGUCACCUUUCAUGCCAAGGCGACACGUGCACGGAGAAAGCUCUAGCAAAAAGCUGCAGAGAUCUCAGCGAAUCAGUGAUAGUGACAUCUCGGAUUAUGAGGUUGAUGAUGCUAUUGGAGUAGUUCCGCCAGUGGGUUAUAGGUCUAGUGCUAGAGAAAGUAAAUCAACCACAUUAACAGUGCCGGAACAGCAAAGAACAACUCAUCAUCGCUCACGUUCAGUGUCUCCUCAUCGCGGUGAUGAUCAGGGAAGGCUGCGUUCACGCUUACCAAAUGUGCCAUUACAGAGGAGCUUAGAUGAAAUCCAUCCAACGAGAAGGUCACGCUCUCCAACCAGACACCAUGAUGCCUCCCGAAGUCCAGUUGAUCAUAGAGCCAGAGAUGUGGAUACCCAAUAUUUAUCAGAACAAGACAGUGAGCUUCUUAUGCUGCCCAGAGCAAAACGAGGACGAAGUGCAGAAUGCCUACAUACUACCAGACAUCUUGUUAGGCACUAUAAAACAUUACCGCCCAAGAUGCCUUUAUUACAGAACGGCUCUCACUGGGAUAUCUACAGCUCCAUUCUGCCUGCACAUGCUAAGACCAAAUCAGUGACUAGACAGGAAAUUCCCCUCCAUCACCAAUGCUCUAGCUCAAGAGUAUUGAGAUUCACUGACGAAACAUUGGUUAGUGAACUGCAGCCCUCCCUUGGCAGGGCUAGGAGUGCUAGUACCAACUGCUUGAGACCAGAUACUAGUUUGCAUUCACCAGAACGAGAAAG